AGACUUGCUAAAAAUGAAGAUAGAAAACAACAAAAUUGAGGGUGAAUCAGAGGGAGGCUCCGUGAGAUUGACUCCUGAGAGUGAAGAUGAUAUUUGGGAACUGUACAAUCUGAUUGCUGUGGGUGAUAUUGUGCGAUCAAAAACCACAAGAAAAGUGAAGUCUGUUUCUGCAGCCGAUUUGGUGACGGUAGCAAAGAAGGUUCUUGUUCUAUCCUUACGAGUAACAAAACUAGACUAUGACGGAGAAGGCUCUUCCCUCCGUAUUUCUGGAGUAAACAUGACUGAAAACGAGUUUGUUGCGUUGGGAGCUCGCCAUACUAUCGACAUCCGCAAAUACUAUAGUUUCACGCUUGAGAAGGACUGUUGGGACGCGAUCUACAUCGAUAAGCUGCGUGAUAUCGUCAAAAACAGCGAAACCAGCGAUCUCUACGCAAUCGUCCUCCAAGAGGGUCUCGCCAAUAUCUGCAUCAUUCGCAACAGCAUGUGCUUCGUUAAAAGCCGAAUCGAGAAGUUGAUUCCAGGGAAAGGUCGAGGGAAUCAAUCGCAGAUCGACAAAGCGAUGGAAUCGUUCUUCUCAACGAUCUAUCAGAAUUUAAUGAAGCUGGUUCACUUCGAUACCGUCAAAGCGAUUCUUGUUUGCUCCAACGGGUUCAUUAACGCCAACCUGCUCAAAUUCAUGGAUACGCAGAGUCUUGCGACAGACCACGUGCUGCACGCAAAUUUGGCGAAGUUUGUGUGCGUUCAUAGCAACUCGGGACAUGUGCAUGCAUUGAAUGAUGUGUUGAAGGACGAGAAGGUGAGAGAGCGUCUGAAUGACACCAAGUUUGCUGAGGAAGUGGCCGUUCUGAAUCGAUUUAGCGAGAUGUUCCGAACCGCUCCGAAUCGCGUGGCGUAUGGAGAGAAGAGCGUCGCGUAUUGUUUGGAGCAGGGAGCAAUCGACGUUCUGCUGGUUAGCGACAAGCUGAUCCGAGGAAAGACCGCGGACAUGAGAAAGAAGAUUAUUCAGCUCAUGGAUGCCGUGAAAGAGUCUGGAGGAAAGUCGUUUUUGUUUAGCUCGCUUCAUCCGAGCGGACAGCAACUUAAUAAUCUUACCGGCAUCGCUGCGAUCCUGCGAUUCCCCGUAGAGGAGCAGUUCGAUUCAGAAAGCAGUAGUGAUGAAUAUAGUAACGAAGAAUAA